AUGUGUCGAGUCGAUGAGCGCGUCUACAUUGACGCAGACGGCCAUCGUCAAAAGUUCGAGGAUGCAUACCCUUGCGACAAGGCCCCACGUGGCAAGCUAUGUUCUAGGGUAAAGAGAAGGACGUCUGAAUACCAUCCCAAGAGGCCGACGGUCUCUCGUGGAGAUACUCCAUCUCCAGCUUCGAACAACCCGCCCACUCCCACUGACUCUGGAACCUACCUUGUACAAACUCGUCGACCUUCCAACAGCGGUAGUAGGCCCUCGACACGAGAGGGUCUAAAAGCAGUCAAGCCAGAGAUCGUCAUCAGUUUUGGAUCCAAGAAGGAAGACGGAAAACCCCGUCCCACUCUUGCAGUCUCAUCAAAGUCGUACAAGCGCUCGUCCAGAGAUGUAUCAAGUGAAUUCACCGUUGAUUCGCCCGGAUCAGAUGGGGCGCACACAAUUCGCACUGGCUUUCCUGAGAAAGCUCCACCAUCCACGGGCGCUACCUUUGGUCGAUCUGAUGGUUUCGUGCCGACGUCUGGUUUUCUUCAAGGCCUCCAUCAUCACCAUGCACCAUCACUUUCGUCGUAUACCAGCUCCAGUCAACCACCAUCGCUCUAUGUUACCUCAGACCCUGACUACGAUUCGCCGACUGGUUACAGGCAUGAGAAACAUCCUCCAACUACAGUACAUAACCCACCGUCUAUUAAUCCUCCGCCUUCGCCGACGGUGACUCGUACCCGCAAUCCCAUUCCCACUACUGCCUAUCGUACCACAGUCAUUGAGCCACAAGGCUUUUCCAAGGAGACACACACAGCAGAUGGUCUAUAUCCGCUCGACUUCUCUGAUGUUGUCGACCGCUCUGCUUUCUCUCCUAGCAGCCCUGGAGCGCAUACUCAGCUACGUGAGAGUUCAGACCGUGAACAAAAGCGGAAGGAGAAGGAAGAAGCUCGUCGGCGGAAAGAAGCACUUGAACGUCAGUUGGCUGAACAACUCUUGAAAGAAGAUAACAACAAGCAAGUUCGUUUCGAGCUUGGUCGUGCCGAAGCACGAGCUCGAGAGAGGGCGGAAAACAUAUACGCUGAGCAGGAGAAGACGCGAGCUGAAGAACGAGAAAAGGCUCGACGACAAAAGGAGAAAGAACGAGAGGAACAAGACAGGAAAGAACGCAAGAGAGAGAAGGAACGAGAAGAACACGAGAAGAGGGAACGGAAGAGGUUGAAGGAGGUCGAAGAGCAGGAAAAGAAAGAACGAAGACGGGCAAAGGAGCGUGAGGAGCGUGAGGAACAGGAGAAAAAGGAGCGUAAGAGUCGUAGAAUGUCCAUGACCCAAGCCCAGAGUGAUGAGCAACGCCGCCUUCUUGCCGCUGAGGGAAUCUAUAUGCAGGGUGAAAGAGAAGCAGCCGAAGCUCGCGAGAGACAAGAGGCAAGCCUCGCCCUGCAACAGCAACAUCAGACCGCCGAUUACUAUGUUUCUCGUGGCGGUGAUCGGAACUCUACCGAUAACCCUCCUCCCAAAGUUCGUCGCAACUCGACGGCUCGCCAGGGUGGCGUCUCUACAAUCGCUUCACAGCCAACGCCAGCCAGAGUGAGUGGUAAUCGUCGCGCCAGCAUUGUGCAGCCCGAACUACCUGCCAUCAACACUCAGAUGUCGCAAGGUUACUCUACACGGGGCUUACCCAGUGCACGUCAGCAUGCUCCCCCGCCAGUGUCGUAUCCUGCCGGUUUCCAUCAAGACCAAGCUCGACCUCCUUCCGCACGUCGCCCUUCAUACUCUCAAGAGAAUCAGAACCCUUUCGCCGCUCAUCCAAACCGCGGCUCCGGUUCCAGCCUGGAGGAUCCCUUCGCGCAUCCACCGUCUGCCUUUUCGCCACCUAUGUUCUCUCCUUCUUUGCUCUCACCAACUGUGAUGAACCGUGAUCCCUGGGAUAUACGCGGUAUGGGCGAGUCACUACCUGUCACCCGUCCAGCACUCGAUAGUCGAAACUCUCUACAGCGUCGCGGUGAGGACGUAAUCAAUCGCGCCGGGGCUUCUAAUCGACCACACUUGGGUAGAUCUGGUGGGUAUGAGGAUACUUAUGCGCUCGCUUCUGACAGUGAGGAUGAUGAUCAGAUGAUUUCCUAUAGACGUACGAGGCGCGUUUGA